GUGGCUGGCAGCCAAAUGCAAGAGGCUUUAAGGAUCAGAUGGUAUAAGGGCAUUCGUAAGCUCUUCAAUGCAUCAAAAGUAAACUAACGCUGAGAGGGAUAAAGAAUAUUGUUUGGGAUUAAAUGAAUAAGUUUAUAAAUAAGGCAGCCCUUAAUGUUCAGCUUAACUAUGUUUAAAAAUAGUUUGAAAAUAUUUACUAAACCCAAAGAAUUUAUCCCAAAAACUUUUUCUAUAAAAGAAAUUUCCAUUCUAAGCGAAAAAUGUUUACCCUUUGUUUAUUUAUUUUGGUAACUUUGUAAGCGAUUUUUCUUUAGAGCUUCUUCUACGUCGAUUUCAUGCCCUAUUAAGCACUUAAGUAGCUUAACCAACUCUUCAGAAUUUCUUCUCCUCUUGCCUCAUUUUCCUAAGCCACUUGGCGACCCUUAUUCUUCACACUCUGAUUUAUGCGGAAAACCAAAUAUCCCAUAAAGAAAUAUGCUGGAUAUCUUUUUUAUAAGUAUGUACGUUUAUUCUAACAAUAAAAAUCUUUAAUGCAUAUGCCGCUGGAUUCCGCCAAAGCCCGGCUAAGGACUCCAUAAAAACCCCUUUUUCUCAGCCACCAAAAUGUCUGCAUUUACGACGCUGGAUUCCAUCGGCAAAGACCCAGUGCACCGCACGCUCACGUGGAAUUUAUGGGCUGGCCACGCCCCCAAUCGCUGGUUUACCUCCUUCUAUUUGGUUUUCUUCUCGGUGGAAGAAUGAUGAAGGACGUAGGAAAUGAAAUGAAUGCCAAGAAAUGGCUCUCCUCUUGGUGGAAAACUACCACCUCCUCUCAUGCCUCGCCAUUCCGUUUUCAAUUCAAAGUCACGUAAAUAAAAGUCGGACUUUUGGGGUGCAUAAAAUGUAGGUCUGAAUAUUCUGGGAGAUGGAAAACUAAACAUUUAGCUGAGAAAAACUACUUAAGAGGAGGGAAAAAUAUUUUACAAAAAAUUUAAAAAAGAGAGAGAUUUCCUUCCUCUAUUUUCUCUCUGUGCAAGGAGUUAGCCUUAUAGUCUGGCCCAAAGAUAGUUUCCAUUUCAACGAUUAACCCACUUGAAGACUUCAAUGAGUUUUAAGCCAAGCCAGAAAAUGUCUUGAAAUUGUGCUCGAAAUUGUGUCAUGCAAAAAUAAACUGGGAAAGUUCUUACUUAGCAAAGGAAAAGCCUUAAGCCAAGGAGGAUGCUUUCCCAGCCACCGAUGCUUCUAAUUUAUUUAAUUAUUUAUGCUUUUCCCUUUUUGUGUGUGGCAUGCAAAUGCAAUAAGGAGCACACGUUGCAAGAAAAGCCGAAACGAAAUUGAGUUUUCAUGUUGCAGCCCCUACUCAGCCAAGGAUAUAUACAGAUAUAUACGUCUAUAUGUAUCUGUGGCAUAUUAGAGAUGAAUGCGAAGCUGUUAGGAUGAAAAAUCGCUGACAGUAAAGCGAGGGCAGGCGCUCUUAAAAGCUUUCCACUUGCUUUUCGCAGCAUUUUCCGGAAAAUGUGUCUCACAAUUUGUUGGUUUUGCGCCAAAGUUUCGACAUUCAUCACUUCGCUGGUGAUAAGCCAUUCUAAUGAGCCUGGCUGAGGACCAAGGACACCGGAAUUAGUUCCCGGGCCAAAGGGCAGGGUUCAGUUCUUGUGGGAAUAAUUGAUUUGUAGCAGUCGUUAAGCGAGAUUAAUGGUUUUUUCAGCCAAUCUCCAAUAAAUAAAUACUUCACUGGUCCCCCGAAAACAGAUUCAUAUUCAUUUUAUUAGCCCCAAAAAGGAAUCGAUGAAGGACAUUCUCUGCCACCAUCAAGCCCUAACCAAAAAAAAAAACACAAUCAGAAACCACAUCCUUCCCCCUCACUUUCUCUAAUUGCUUUUUGUGGCUUCCAAUAUGGUCAGUAUGGAAAAAAUUAGUCGCAAAUUACUACGGAAAUUGACAAAUUUCAAAAACAAGCGCAUAAAUAAUGGCCAUAAUUAGCAGUAGUUGACCAACUCGAAAGAACCGCACACACCGGAUGCUAGAUUUGGUGGGUGUAGUGGGUGUGUUUGUCCUGUCAAGGCCAUUGCCUUUUAUAUAUUUCCAUAACAAUUUGCAAUUUAUGACACCAGCUCAAAAGCACACAAAGAAAAAAAAAUGAAACGAGUGUGGGUGAUAAAUUGAUGGGAAAAGUGGAAAGUCGGGAAAAUAUGCUUAAAAUUGAGCUGAAAAUUUGAUUAUUUUUAAAGGAAAAAAAGGGCAUGGAAAGCUUAGAAACUACUUCUUCAUAAAAGAUUUUAAUAUCUUCUUUAUAAUUACUUUUGAAAAUAAUAAUCGACCUUGAAUGGCAUUACCAUGCUCCUAAAUCAUGACUACUUUAUCUUUCUAACAGUGAUCUAAAUUAAAUAAAAUAAUAAACAUAAACAUCGAAACGAUUGAUUGAUUAUGAUGAUUUAUGAUUUUCCGAAAAAAAAAGCUAGUGGCCCAAAGCAGGGAAUCCCCUACUGCCUCGAGCCUCAGAACAUUUUUGCAUAAUAAAUUUCUCAAUUUUUUGAUUUUGUAUUGUUGCCUUGGUUGGGGGUGAGGGCUGUAAUUUUUCGUUGGCCCAAAAGAUGUGUCAACGGCAGCACCAUAAAUAUCAACCAACCCAUACCCUUCUGUCUGGGCCUUUUGGUCUUUUGAAAUCAGCACAUCGUAUGAAUAAUGACAGUAGAAAUUAUUUAGGGAUUUUUCAUAUUGUCGCUCGACAAUGGAACGCAGUUUGACUGCCAGUUGAGUGACAGGCGAACGUGGUCGUCACAUAUCAGCGAUCAUAACCGAAAAAGGCUUAAGACAAAAUGCUAUUUUAAGGGUAAUUUAUGGCCAUAAACGUGAGUUGGCAUUCGGUGGCGGCACCUGAAGAAAGAAAUGCGUUUCCAGUUUCAGUUUGUUAGAAGAAGUCGCCACGACAAGCAGAAUGUGUCAGAAUGCAAUGGAAAAAGCCUGGGAGAUGGGCCAAUUUAAACUGAACAUGGACUUUGAGCCAAAUGUUCUCGAUUGCGAAAGAACCAAUAUGAAACGUACCAAAUUGGCCACCCUGAUGCACUGGCUCAAGAAGCUCAACGACUGCCCACCGGAGCCCCUAAAAUGUGACUAUAUGAUGAACUUUGGUAGUGGCGCCAACUCGGCUGUGGCACGAGCGGAACCCAUCUCUUUGGCCACCUUGGAUCGCGACUGCUUCAUCAUUCCCGUGCAUAGUGUCGAUCGAUUCCUGCCAGCUGGCAUUCCGUUACCCGCCUUGAGUGCCGAUGGCAAGACCGCAAGUCCUUUAAGCGUAUUGGAAGUCUCCGAUCCGAAGCUGUGCAUCCUGGUGCAUUUGAUGAGUCCCCUGGAGGCCAUUGAUCCGGUGAUGGAGUCACCACUAUCGCAUCCGCUACUUAAGCAGCGCUCUAUUGCCGCUGAAUUGGUGACUGAAGUGCAGCAGGCCAACACGGCUGUGGGUGGAAUGCUGUUGGCCAACAUGGAGAAGAACUCGGAGUUCCCCUUCAUCUCGUACUACCUGAUCAAUACACUGCAAACGGAUCCUUCCAGUUUCUAUGCUGGCCUGCGCGUUUCCUCGCUGUCCAAGUUUGAGCCAAAGGCCCUCAAAUACACUGCCGCCCAUACUUUGGAUCUGUACAGCGAGGUGGCCGCCAUUUGCCGCCCGCCAUUGGUGUUGCCCUCCAACGAGGCCGGCAGCUUUAAGAAAUCACAGACCGCUGCCACAGGCUACAUUAUAAGCGUGUUCAAGGUUUUCGAGGGCGACGAUGGCGAACGAUUUGAAAAGAAUUGGCUGUACUGGACAGGCGCCCGGAUGCUGUACAGAUACCUGCCACGUGCCGCCGGCCUAAGGCGCAUUGCCCUUCACAAGAGCACCUCGCAGAAGGGCGACAAGAUGUACCUGCUGGUGUGCGAGUGUGCCGACCUGCUCAAGGACAUCUCGCUGGCCGCCUUCCUGAUUCCGGCGCUGCGUGCCCGACUCUGUGGCUACACUGGACUCUAUCGACCAAUACAGGCCUUCUAGUCAACAGGAAAACACACAUAUUUUUUCUAACUCCUGUAUAUAGUGGAUCUAGGGCUAUACCUAGGGCUAAACUAAUGCGAAACAAACACUGCAAUGUGAAAGAAACUGCACCUGUUAAGUGAUUCUAAUUCGAUAUUUACUAGGCCUAAACAAAUUUUUAAACUCUCUCCAGCUACAGUCAAACUAAGCUAUGAUAAAAGCUAGAAAAAACAAGUGAGGGGGAGAAGGUAGGUAACCCUCGGAUUAGACAACUAACUUAAGUAGUAGACAAUAUACUCAAGGUAACUCCAUAUCGUGUGCUAGAUUUUUCUAUAAAUCAUAUAGAGGCAAGCCCAAUUAAUAGGACCAUAUCUAGUGUGAGUUGGUAGCGAAGAAAACUUCCAUUUUAGCCACAACAAAUAGAGAGAUUCAGUGGGAACUAAAUAUGUAUACCUAUAUAUAUAUAUAUAUAUAUAUAUCAUAGAUGUAAUCCCAGUAGUUAAUCACAAAUAUAUAAACGCUGAAUUUUGCGCUGAAAUGUAGGCUAUGAAAUCUGCAAACCAAAAGUCAAUUCUUAGCAUAAAAAAAAACCUAAAAUAAAUCGUUUGAGAAACUGGGGGAAAAGUAUAGAACACUGAAAGGGUUUCAUCAGAGGGAUGGGGGUCUAGCUAACUUUGCCCAAAUCUAACAGAUAUCUGCCAAAGACACAAGCAAAAAACUAAUCUUAAUUUGAAUCAAACAAUUGUUUAAAACUUACAUUUUUUUACAUACCUAAGCUAAUGAGUAAGCCAAAUAAGAUUUUCAAUCAAAAAAAUUGACUAAAUAAUGCUUGGCUAUAGCUUGCCACAUACACCUUAGGAAAUAUAUCUUACAUAAUAGCCAUAAAUUUAUAACAAUUGUAAAUAGUUUGAUGAACUUUCAAGGCACUUGCUCCGAGAAACACACACAACUACGCAUGCCAGGCACCACUAGCUUGUCUUUCAGAAAAUAUAUAAUUUUGCACAAUAACAACAGAAUCAAAAAGUGCUGUGAUAAAUAAACUAAAAGCAGAGCAAAGCCACAUAAACAAAUCCAAUAUAUAAUAUAUACGAUAUAUGGAUAAUCCCAGCCAUAGAACUUAAUUUCACCCAGUCAUAGACAAUAUAUAAUUUAGCUGCCAUUGAAGAUGCACCGAUCUCUGGCUUACAUUUUUUUCCAAAAUUAAUCCAAUUAUUUAGAUAACCUUAAAACGAAGAAAACUUUCAAUGCUUAUGCAAAGCCUAAAGCCUAAGGAAAUAUUAAUUACCAAAUGUUCGAAAUUUUUGUCACAUCUUAAGCUGCAAGCUUGGAGCAAACAAACGUUUGGCGUGUUUUAGAAUUAAUAAUAAAGCGUAAAAUUAAAAUAAACAUAAAAGCGACUCUUUAGCCAAA